AUGGACGAAUUUGACAGCUAUUUCGACGAUGAUUUCGUCCUCGAUGAAAACUCUCUCGCCACCCUCCAGCAAGAAGAGGCAAAGUUCGCGGCCACCAAGGAUACAAGGGCUCAACGACGACCCAUCGAACGUGGGGCGCCCCUCCCCCCUCCGAAGAAGCAGAAAGUCUCGCACGGGACCUCUGUUGUGCGGCCACCACGACAUGCCGCCGGAGAUGACUACGACGACGACCUGCCCGACAUUGCUGUUGUGGCGGACGGGACGUACGGGAUCUCGGGCGCGCAACCUCCGCCCCCACCUACGCGCACCUCAUCGGGUGCCGGGACCAGCACGAGCGCGGGCGCGGGCGCGGGGCCGCAGAAGGACGUGGACGUUGGAGGGACGGGAAGCAGGUACGACCAUCGGCGACCCUUUGUUCCUCCCUCUCGAGCCCCCGCCGCCCCACCGCCCCGUGUGGCCCCCACACCUCGCGCGCCGACCCGGGAGCCGACGGUCCCCGCGUUCCAGAUGGCGACGAGCAACACUCGGUCCUCGCGCGCAAGAGCGUCCACGACGUCGGGCGUGCGGGGCGGGCCACCGCCUUCGACAUCCACCCAAGUGCUCGGGCGGCUGCCGUCGAGGAAGCUCGACCCGAAGGCGUUUGCGCAGAUCGCGUCCGCGAUAGAAGAGGUCAAGUCACAGCGCGAGCGGACGCCGGGGCCCUCUGCCUCGGGCGGCGGCGCGCAGACGCGGUCGAACCUCAGACGGGGCACCCCAACAGCGACCCGUGCCUCGCCGGUACCAGCGUCGGGCUCGGCAGCGAGAGCGGGCUCUCCAGCCGUCAUGCAGAGGGGAGCACAGUCUCCGGCGGCCGGGAAGCAUGGUGAUCGAGGACAGCAGCAGCCUACCCGGAGACAGAGCACGCCCCAAGCUGAGAGCACAAGCGACCGCGCGCUGAAGAUCGAGCUUGAGGCUCUCAAGGCACAGUUUGAAGAUCUUAUGAAAGCCCAGCAGACGACCACGAAACAACUGGAGGAUGCACAGAGCGCACGAUGGGCCAAGGAGGGCGAAGUGAGUGUUCUGCGUAAGAAUAUGGAAAAGGCCGCGAAAGAUCAUGCUGCGGAGGUUGUUCGUAUCAAGCAGGCUAAGGAGCAGGCAGAAAAAGGGCAGACGGAGGCGAGGAAGGAGAUGCAUGCGGAGAUCGAACGCAUAAAGACGCAGUUCCAGUUCAAGCAGCAUGAGCUGGAAUCUGGACGAAAGACGCCUUGGUCAGUGCGGGUCAAACGAACGGUGACGGGGCCAGGGACGGAACCUCCUACGCCUCAAUUUGCAGCUCUGCAGCGCCAUCAGUCCCAAGCUGGCGGCCACUCAGGAGCUGAACUCACAACGCCGUCUCGCCCGGGAGCGCGUAAAGGGAACCCAGGUAUACUCAUGCGCGACCAAGGCAGAAAGGCUCACGGUCCCGAGAAUGCGCUGCCCAUAACGAAGCACCCGAAGUUCGAGAACGCUUUUCUUCCAAGCGUUGCUUCUCAGCAGCCGGCUCAAUCUCAGUAUCCGCUGCGGAAUACCACGUUCUUUGCCUCGUUGCCUCGAUCAGCCCGCAAUCAGGCUAGUCAAUCGUCCCCAGUUCGGAAGUCGCAAGGCGGGGGCUGGAAAGCCGAUCCCUUUGGCUCAAGAGCGCAUGUGCACGAGCCUGAGCAAGAAGACGUGUUCUUCGGUCCAACUACUCAGGAAUUCCAGCCACCGUUGCCGAAGCCUCGGUUCCACAUCCAGGACGACGAUGACGACGAUGGUCCACCUGAGCACAUGCAGGAACUUCCCUCGUCUUCGGCGCCAGGAUCUAGCAGUCAAGAGGACACUGUCACAAUGCCCACAACGGACGAUGUGCAGACCAAGGAGGAAGAAACUCUUGAACCCCUCAUAGUGGUUGACUUGAUCCACGAGCUUCACAAGCAUAUUCUGACUCACAGACAUCACGCAGCGACCGAGCUCACGCUUCAAGUGCUCAUGCACGACAACAUGCUGGCUUCAGCCGCUCCCGAGCAAGUCCACGAAUACAGCGUGCAAAGCAAGAAGUUUCUACAAUGCUUGGGAGGCGCUACUGGGACUCCUCUGCCAAACGAAGAAGUCCUCCGUACCGUCGCGCACUCACUUUCUUCGAUGGGCCAAAUUCUAAGCGUCGUGGGCUCGGUCGCUCAGCUUGCUGCGUUGGUGGACCUCCUCAAAGUCAUCUCGCUUGGGAUAUCUUCGUUCGUUCCUCUCGCCAUCGCACCAUCUGGCGCACCCGGCAGUGGUGACGCACCUCCUGACAUCUUGCUGCUGCUGUGUGACGCCGUCCGCUUCUCCCUCAUACCGGGGGAAGACGGGUUGAGUGGGAGCCAGGGUAAUCUCGCGAAGGAGGUAUUAAGUCUUCUAGAGGCGAUUUGUUGGUACAUCCCACCAGAACUCGCCAUAAGAUUGUCGGCAUUCCUGCGUAAGGAGGGGGUUCUAUCCACCCUGGUGAACCCGUCGCAGCCCACUUGGUUGCUUCGGCGCACCAUGCGUGUCCUCAUCGUGAUAGCUUCUUAUCACUCCCUCCACAAGCAACUGCUGUCUUUCCCACUGCCAGAGGAUGGAGCAGAGAAGAGUGGCGGAAGGAACUUGGCCAAGAUUCCGCACAUUGAGGCUAUGGCUGCAAUCCUUGUCGACAGGAAACGUGACGACGCCGAGGCACGUCUGCUUCAGCACGGCAUCUUGCACUUCGUGACCACUCUCGCGGUGGCCCACAAAGACGCGCUGCAUAUGUUAUUCCAAUCGCAGACCUUACUACACUCGAUCAUGUCCUACCUCCGAGACAUCUCGGACCCGCUGUUCGAAGAAAGUGAGGAGCUUUUCGAGUCACCUGAACUCGUCGCAUGGACGCUCGAUACCAUGCACCGCACAGUGAUACUCUUCCACUAUCUGAUCAUGCGAGUAGACCCCGCAAUGAUCAACGUCCACGAGCGCCUUUUCAAACCCAACCGCCGGCGGUUCAAUGGCGUGCGACAUACGUUCUACGUCACCUUCGGUCGCAUCUCGUAUGCGGACCCGCCAGUCACUCUGUCUUCGGAGACCCGCCGGCAGCUCGACCAGAUGUCCGAUCUGGCGAAGGACAUCCUCGAGCACCUCGUCGACGGGCCAGAGGUGGAGUCGACGUGGAGCGCUUUUCAUAUCGACGACGGUCCCCUCGCCGACGCCGCCGCCGCCGAAGUCGAUGAAGACGAAGACGAGGAGAUGGCAGACGCGGAUGCGGACUCAUGA